GUCCUACUUAUUAGACUGUGUAGUUAUAAACAUCCCUCUAAAUGUCAGCUCCCCUUUAUUAGUCAUCCACAUUUCAUACAGUGCAAUUCCGUAUGAAAUAUGUUCGGCUUUAACAUUCACCAGGGAAUUUAUUUUGAAGUGUGGGACAGCGCAGACCAGGUUUUCUUCCUCGCGUCGCAGUGACAGUCUUGAGCUAAGCCUCUCCCACCACCGCUGCGCACGAGCCACCCGUCAUACCCCGGACAGCGUGCCGGGCACAACAAGCUCCGCGCUCGAGCUGCUCAAUCCCGCCGCCGUAGUUCCCUCCCCGACUACAGAGGACCCCCACGGCGACCCGCCUGGCUCCGCUCGGACAGAGAAAUGAGCUCGGCGUCCGACGACCACACGUUAUUUACGUGAGCGCGUGACGACAGUUUCUUCGCGGAAACACGCACAUUACCACCUCACACACACACACACACACGCAGACAGACGACCCGCGCGCCGGUUCUGCUGUUUACCAACCGACCAGCUCGGUGUCAGGACUGUCCCACCCGCCCGUGCCGACAACCAUGGCGGAGAGGAGCGGCAGGCUGAGUUUCCCCGGGAGCGGAGCUCUCAACCGACCGGUGCCCAUGAACCUGUUCGCAACGUGGGAGAUAGACGGAUCCUCCCCGAACUGUAUCCCGAGACUGUGCAGCCUGACUCUUAAAAAGCUGGUGGUGAUGAAGGAGCUUGAUAAAGAGCUGAUUUCUGUGGUCAUCGCAGUCAAGAUUCAGGGCUCCAAACGCAUUUUGAGGUCCCAUGAGAUUGUGCUGCCACCUAGUGGGUCAGUGGAGACUGACCUGGCUCUCACCUUCUCCCUGCAGUACCCACACUUCUUGAAAAGAGAAGGCAACAAGCUGCAGAUAAUGCUCCAAAGACGGAAAAGGUACAAGAACCGAACGAUUUUAGGCUACAAGACUUUGGCCGUGGGCUCUAUUGAUAUGGCAGAGGUGAUGCAGCACCCGACGGAGGGAGGUCAGGUUCUGCCUCUCUGCAACAACCAGAAAGACAUGCUGGGCAAAGUGGCCGAGAUCUGGAUCUUCUCCCUGUCCAGUCAGCCGAUCGACCACGAGGACGCCGGCCUGCAGGGAGGACAGAAGAUCAAAUGCACCGAUAACUACUCGGAAGAAGAGUAUGAGAGCUUCUCGUCGGAGCAGGAGGCCAGCGACGACGCAGUGCAGGGACAGGAUCUUGAGGAUGAUGAGUUUGAUGUGAGGAAACCAAAGAAGCAGAGGAGGUCCAUUGUGAGGACCCCUUCUAUCACCAGGCAACAGAACUUUAAGCAGCGGGUGGUGGCGCUGCUGAAGCGCUUCAGAGUUUCUGAUGAGGUGCUGGACUCGGAGCAGGACCCGGCGGAGCCGCCUCCUGAGGUGGAGGAGGAGGAUCUGGACCUGGACAGUGUGGAGUUUGAGAACCCCAGCGACAGCUGCCCGGAGCUGGACGAUGAUGACAGCGUCCUCAGCACGCCAAAACCCAAACUAAAGCCAUAUUUUGAGGGACUGUCCCUCUCCAGCUCCCAGACUGAGAUCGGCAGCAUCCACAGCAGCCGGAGCCACAAAGAGCCGCCGAGCCCGCUUGAUCUGGACAAAACCAAGUGCGGCGACACUGCGUUCGCCGACGAUGGCGGCCGGGACAACGCCACCUUUGAGCAACCCGAGGCGGUGACUCCCACCACGGAGCUGGAAAUGGACAACAUGGACACGUUUCUAGAGAGACUGCCACCGAGUGGCAAAAUGACCAAGACAGAGUCGCUUAUCAUUUCAUCCAACAGGCAGGAAGCGAAGCUGGCAGGGCGGCGAGGUAGGAGCACGUCCCUGAAGGAGCGCCAGCCCAGCCGGCCCCAGAACGAGAGGGCUAACAGCCUGGACAACGAGCGGUCCCUGGACACACGGUGCCACCUACAGAUCCCUAGAAAAACAGUUUAUGACCAACUGAACCACAUCCUGGUGUCCGAUAACCACCUUCCUGACAGCAUCAUCCUCAUCAACACGUCAGAAUGGCAAGGUCAGUAUCUGUCGGAUUUGCUGCAGAACCACCAUCUGCCCGUGGUCUGCACAUGCACCACGGCCGACAUCCAAGCUGCUUUUAACACCAUUGUCUCUCGCAUCCAAAGAUUCUGCAACUGUAAUUCCCAGACGCCCAUUCCCAUAAAGAUCGCAGUGGCUGGAGCGCAGCACUACCUCAGCGCGGUUCUGAGGCUCUUUGUGGACCACCUCUCCCACAAGACCCCGGACUGGCUCGGCUACAUGAGGUUCCUCAUCAUCCCCUUAGGUGCGCAUCCCGUCUCCAAGUACCUCGGCACGAUUGAUCAUCGCUACAACUGUUUGUUCCAAGACGCCGCCUGGAGGGAUCUGUUUCACAAGACGGAGGCUCCCGUGAUCGUUCAGGAGAGCCCUGACGUGGUGUCAAGGGUCACGCAGUACAUGGAGGGAGCAAACGGAGCCCACCAGCUCCCCAUCGCUGAGGCCAUGCUCACUUACAAGCAGAAAAGGAAAAAGAGCUUUCAUUUUGAUUUUGCCGUAAGCCCUAAUGAGGAUUCCUGUCAGAAGUUCAUCCCAUUUAUUGGGAUGGUGAAAGUUGGCAUUGUAGAGCAAACAUCUGCAGCAUCAGGAGACUCUGAUGAUGCAGCACCUCUGAGCUCGUCUCUGCUCUCCUCCACCCCUCCUCAAGUAUCUCCCGCUUUUAAAGAGGCUUCGCCAACACCACCGCCUUCUCCCUCCAUCAACACCAGCUUCUGUGCUCUCAGUUCCAGCAGCCAGGCGGAUCUGAUGGGCCUUCAGGUAGAUUACUGGGUGGCUCCGACAGAGAGGAAGAAAGACAUGGAGAAGCGGGACUCCUCCUCCAAAAACACUUUGAAGUGCAAUUUCCGCUCGCUGCAGGUCAGCCGGCUUCCACCGGGGGGCGCAGAGCCGAGCCCCCAGCCCACCAUGUCUAUGACUGUCGUAACCAAGGAGAAAAAUAAGAAGGUCAUGUUUCUGCCGAAGAAGAGCAAAGACAAGGAGGUAGAGUCGAAGAGUCAAGUGAUCGAAGGCAUCAGCCGCCUCAUCUGCGCUGCCAAACACCAGCAAACCAUGCUGAGAGUGCUGAUUGAUGGAGUCGAGUGGAACGAUGUCAAGUUUUUCCAGUUAGCAGCUCAAUGGUCCUCGCAUGUAAAACACUUCCCCGUCGGGAUUUUUGGGCACAAUAAGGGCCCGUACUAGCAGCACCUUGAAAAGAGACUGAAACAAGGAGGACAGCCCCCGUUGACCCCUGUGCCAAGAUUUUAACCCCCUGCCUCCUUCAUUUUACUCUGCUGUCUUAAGUUAAACUGCCGCUCUCCACUGUUGCAUUUGUCCGAUUAUUUAAUAUUCCAUUUUUUUGUUGUUUGUUUUUUUUAUGUAAAGCUGCCAGGUGGAAAUGACUUUACCCUGCUUAAAAAGCUGCUGAUGUUUUGUAGACCUUUGAGAAAGUAGUCUUCAUAAAACCUUUAACAUGUUGAGUGAGUCAUCAGGUAGGACCUGUUUUAUUUUUUUUUGCUGUUUUAUUUAAUGUUUGUGUUUUUUUAAGGUUUGUAUUAAACCAGCAAAAUUAUUACAGUACAUAAAACACAUACACACACAAAAACACAAGAGAAGCUGCCAUGGAAUGAAAUGCUCUUACUUUCAAUUCAGGUUUUUUCCCCAGGUUUUCUUUGCCGAGAAGUAAAAAAAAGAUAACUAGCUAGAGUUGAUGUAAAAUCAGUGAACUGAGCUGUCAUUAAGAUAUUUUCUUUCACUCCAUACAAACUUCUGUAUUUUGUAUUUCUACCUCUAAAAAUUAACUCAAAAUAUGUCAAGUGUUAGGAACAAAAAUAAAUUAGAACAAACAUUGGAAUUUAUUAACAUUUAAAAGGUAACAAACAAAUAUUUGGCUAAGAGGCUUCAAGUGCCUGCUAGAAACCUCCCAGCCACCAGGGGGCUGCGAGUACUCACAAAGAAUGAGUCUGAAACAAUUCCUAAGGUCCCUUUGGACUGGCUCUGGAAUCAAUAUUAUUGGCAGCUAAUUAGCUUAGCAUAGCAAACUGGCAAAUUUGAAAAAUUUGCUUUAUAAAGUUCUGAAGUUUAACCUUAUGUUAAUCCUAAGCUAACAGCCACUGGCUACAAAAACUCGGCUACGGCCAGAAGUAAACAUCCUUCCACCAUAUUGGACUCACAUUGGACGUGACCUAGAAAUAUGAAGUUUUGAUGUAAUUGGUAAAAUUGGAAGAAUCCUAAUUUACUGUGGCAUAAAUACUCAUCUAACUGAACAUGGGUGUACGUUCAAAAAUGUCUGACUAUUCCUUUGAGUUUUCCUUGUAAAUGGAAAUUAGUUGUAGAAAGGCCUAUCUUUACCUUUAAGCUGUUUAAUCCUCCUUCAAGGGAAAGUUAAGAUUUUUUGUAAUAAAGUUCUGUAAAGUUAUUAUCAGUUAUAUACCAGUUAGUUUGUAGAAAAGAAAAUACAUUUGCAGGACAUAAAAUGCUAGCUAGCUAGGUAACCAGACGAGCCCCCUGUUUUAGCUCAUUUUGUCCAUUUAGGCAACUCAAACUAUGUUAUAAAGUACUGCGCUUUAUUGGGGAAUUUUAAAAUUACAUGAUCAAAAACUACCAGCUUUAUUAAUCUGCUAGUUUAUUUAAUCUUGGUCUAACAAGUUCAGUUUAGUUUGUUUCCAAAUGGGACAAUGCAGAUCAAUGAACAUCCAUUGUACAUGUAAAUGAGAUUAUAAGCCAAGUGUGUAAGUUCCCUCUUUAGUCACAAAAACAUUCACUCUUGCUUGAUGCUCUGGGUUGUAGGUUCUCCAUUUCAAAAUGUAAUAUUUGUUAUUGUCAAACACUUAAAUUUUAGUUUUAAUCUUAGCACAGGACAUGUUUUAAUACAUGUAUGGCCCUGCAUGCUUUUUGAAACUGUAAUCUGGCUUUUAAUUUAAUCUUUAGAAUAUUCCUUCUUCCUCACUGAGUGACCCGUCAGCUCAUGUUCACAAUUUGUUCUCCACAUUUUUCCACAAAUGCCCUCACUGAUUUCUUCAAAUAUUUCAGUAAUGACCCAGCAGUGUGUUUGAAGUACACCUGUAAAAACACACCCACAAGUGUUACCUCCAAGUAACCUAUCAGAAGCUUAAAAAGCGGUGACCUCAUCACUUAAGCUCUUCCAAGAUAUGUAAAGGCAUAGUAAACUUAAUGUAAGUAAGUUUCUAGUUUUACCAGUGGAGUUGUAUCCUUUACAUUUUCAGUUUGAGUUGUUUGAAAUAACUAAAAUCAGCCAAAAUAGGGGAUUCUAUUGGACUAGCUCUUGUCCUUUCUGAGGAUACAUUCACAAAACUUCACUUCGAAAAAUCUGAACUAUCCCUUUAAGACCAGCACUCCUUCGCACUGCGUAGCUUUUUGCUGAAAGCAAAGACUUUGAUUGUUUUAGGGGUUUUCUGUGGCCAAUGCGAGUUUGUUCAUCACAGCGCUCAGCCUGUGUGCUCUGCUACUUUAUAACGUUCAGGUGAAUGUAUCAAAAGGUUACCUUACUGCAGUGCUACUCAAUUCCAGUCCUCAGGCCCCCCUGCUCUGCAUGUUUUAGAUGUGCCUCUAUUCCAGAACAGCUGAUUCAAAUGAUUGCAUGACCAGAAGCCUGUUAAUCACCCACAGAUUCAAUCCAGGUGUGUAGCAGAAGGGAAACGCCUAAAACAUGCAGGGCGGGGAGGCCUGAGGACCGGAAUUGAGAAACGCUGCCUUCCUGUAAAGCACUUUUAAACGUUUGUGUAAUUUAGAUUAGCUUAAAAUCACUCUCCCCCGGGAACCUGCAGGUGUACAACCGGCUGGCCGCUGCGAGCCACCGAAGCUGGGCAGCAGCACAAACAAGUGGCGUCGUCAUUUAUAUGCAAAGCUAGUCAAGCCGCUGUACUAUUAACACAUUAAUAGGCUCAGUGUGGGGCCUAAAUGGAGUAUUGUAGAGUUUAGUUCAAAUAUUCUAAGUUUAGAGCAGAUUGUGUACGUAGUGAAUGUCUGAAGCUUCUCUUCAAGCUUAGCUGUGCGUCAAACACACUUUUUGCCCACAAAUUGUUACCGACUAGAACUUUGAUCGUAACCCUUGUCAUUUGUUUAAUAAGUGCCUAAAUUGCAUAAUUUGACAAAUCAGUAUAAGUAAGAAUCCCUGCCAACUAUGGUGCUGAGUCUGGGCCCAAGAGAACUUAAAUAAACUCUGACACAAACAAAUAGUUACGUCUGUUCACGUGUGCAAUGCUAAAUCGCAUUCUAGCCACUUGGCUCUAAGUAAAAUAAACCCCUAAUGUUGAGGAAAACCUUGGUUGUUUCUUCUUAUCUGUGUGAAAUAUAUUUUUAUUUUAAGUGUUGUCUCAGAGAAAGCUUCUCAAGACUGAAAGUUGCUUAAAGACUACCACUGUAAUCCCAAAAAUUGGGAAUAAUAAAACUACUAUACACACUAAAA